AUCGCAAGCAAUAAAGUUAUACGUAUCAGAGUCACCAUAGAUAUCUACCUAUGUUUUUGUAAUCAAAUUUUACGUGUAAUUAUUUUGUUAAAUUAUUCAAAUUAAAGGUUAAAAUAAAAAAUAAAUAUGUAUAAUAUGUAAAAACAGCGUAUAACUCGUUAUAUUCUAUGGAGUUCCAAUAAGAAAUCAAUAAAUUAUAAGUGACUUCGAUAGGUUUAUUCGUUAAGUGAUUAAAUUGUUUAAAUUCUUAUUUAUAUUGUCUGUAUAUGGUACAUUCAGGCAUGUGUUAUACAUAGCGAGCGUCAUAGCGAGGUGUCGUGUUUAAAAUAAGUGGAGAUAUAGUAUUGUAAUGGUUUCAUAUAUUUUGAGAGAAUGGCUGGUGAUGACGCCGCUUAUACUUCAUCACCUGGCCAUUGGUUUUGUACUCGGCUUUCCUGCGAUUCUCACUCCAGCAAUCACGAACAACAGCGCUGAUAUCCAUGCCACCAGAAAUGAUGCUUCUUGGAUUACUGCUGCCUAUGGCAUGACAGGAUGUAUUAGUUUUCUCACCGUGCCACCUCUCAUGCAGAUGUAUGGACGAAAAUUCGCAAAUAUAUUACUUAAUACUGCAGUUUUGUGUGGGUUCAUCAUCAUUGCUCUAGCCUCAAACGUUGUUACACUGAUCACGGGUCGAGCCAUUCAAGGUAUUGCUUUUGGAGGCCUGUAUAUAUCGAGCAUCUUGGCUUCAGAAUAUAGUCAUCUGAAACGCAGAGGAUUUUUUGUCAUCUUUAAAGUGACAGCAAGUUGCGUUGGAGUGCUCGUUUGUCAUGGCUUCGGUUUUAUAAUAUCAUGGAGAAAUAUGGCUUGGCUGAGCACCGUUCCACCGAUUUUAGCUAUUUUGGUAACUACAACUUUACCCGAAAGUCCAUUAUGGUUGGCUUAUAAAGGACGUUUCGAGGAAUGUGUUAUGACGUUCGAAUGGAUAAGAGGCAAAGACCAGCAAGCUAAAAAGGAACUUAAAGAACUACUAACAGCCCAAUAUGAACUUCAAGCAUGCAAGAAUAAUAAAGACAGUCUGGCAUUACAAAUCAAAAAGGCAAUAACCUCCAAAAAUUUCCUGAAACCUUUUCUAAUUGUUACUGAAUUACUAAUGCUAUCUCAAAUGUGCGGUAGAUAUUAUUUAAUAGCUUAUGUUGUCCAAAUCAUGACACAGCUUACUGGACACGAAUCGAAAGCUUUCUAUUGUAUCAUAACUGUGGAUGUACUGAAGAUAUUGGCAGUUCUCUUAUCCAGUUACAUCGUAAGACUGUUUAAUAGACGACUACUGAUUUUCUCCACUGGUUUAUUGUCUUGUUUUUUAUUAACUGUAGUAUGUAUUAUCCAAUAUUUAAAUUGGAAAUUCUCAAUAAGUCUAGGAUGGUCGGCACCUAUUUUACUUGUUCUUUACGAUUUUAUAUGUAAUGUUGGAGUAAUACCUUUAUCAAUACUUCUGAAGGGAGAAAUGUUUCCAUUACAGUAUAAAGGUAUAGGAACAUGUGCCUCGGGACUGAUUAACGCAUUUAUUAGUAUGGCAACAUUAAAACUAACUUCUUCUAUGUUAGACAUUUUUCAAAUACAUGGAACAUUCGGUGUUUACAGCUCCAUAGCUGUGUUAUUACUUACACACUUGUAUUUUAUUUUACCUGAGACAAAAGACAGAACAUUGCAAGAUAUAGAAAAUGAAUUUGUUGAUGUUAAAAUUAGCAUAAAUGCAGAAGAGGUAACUAAUAAAUUAUUAAAAUGAAAUGCUUAAUUUUAUUUAGUGAAUAAAACUUAAAAUUUAUCAUAUAUAGAUAU